UAUAAUACUUACAUAUAUAAAAAAUUAUAACAAAGAUUAAGGACAAAACCCCUAAUUGAAAAAUAAUUGAAAUCUGUGAUUAUCUUAAUUUAACAACUGCACUUCUUUCAAAAAGAAAUAAAAAGUUUAGACAUAUAUAUAAUAGUAAUAAUAGCUAUUAUUUUCACUAAUCGCCUUUUUACGCGUCUUUAUAAAUGAAAAAUUAAAUAAUUAUACUAUUUCGGUAAAAACUUAAAUUAAUAAUAACGGGCAAAUUAACGUGAAUUCAAAUAGCAUAAGCAGGAGCAAAUUAAAAAUAGUAUUUGGACAUAUACUUUUACACAAGCCCGUUGGACUUUAUUUGUUUAAAUGGAAAUCAUUCCUGAAGGUAAACAUUUUCGUUUGGUGCAAGAAUCUGAGCUUCCAGAAAUUUUGGAGUAUUUGGAAAGAUACUUACCGGAAUCACUAAAGUUUCAUCAAACCAUAAAAACGUACCUGAAUGAUCGUGUUUGGGACUUUCACUUUUAUGUUUCUAAAGAUUGGCCCGAGAAACCAAUAAUAUUACAUUUUCCAGGAUGCACGCUUACGCCGAACAACAAUAUCUAUCAAAGCUUUGGCAUCUUUUGUCCCUCAACACAAAUCGAAUGUGUGGAUCUGAUGCGUACCGAGGAUGUCCUUAUCGAUUGGCAAAAGCCAUUGUACCUGAAUUUCACGCAUAUUGCUAUCAUGAAUCGGCUGGAUGACUUUUACUCCACUUUUGGUGUAAUGGAGCGGCUUGAAGGCGACAUUUACGUGUGUAAUGAGCUGAACACAGAGCUGGAGUUGGAGGAACUGUCUGAUGAUGCAGUAAUGCGUCCUCUUACUGCUGACGAUGUGAAAGGUAUACACGACUUGUAUCCGGCCAGCGAGAUCGAGCGCAUAGAAGUGUUCGAGAUAUUAGUGCAGGUGUUGCCUGGAUUAGGAAUCUUUCGCAAAGAUACCAAUGAAUUGGCUGCAUGGAUGGUGCACUCUUACUAUGGAGCAAUGUUCUCGAUGCAAACACGUCCAGAUUAUCGUCGCAAGGGUUAUGGAAUACGCCUUGCUAGAGCUCUCACUAAACUUGUAAUUGAGCGUGGCUAUUCGCCCUUCGUAGUCAUACGUCCACAAAAUGAUGCAUCUAGGAAUCUCUACACCAAGUUAGGCUUUACAAAGGCCUACGAAACAUGCCGAGUCAAAAUGACUCCGGGUCUAGAAGAUGCCAGUCAUGAUGAAGAUCCACAUUCAAAUCAUGAAGCCACGACUAAUGGAGUUGCCGAGGGUAAAGAUCCGUCUACACAAACUGAUGACGACACAGAGGCUAACAAAGAGAAUCAGCCAGUUGAUGAGGGCAUUGAGGAUAUGUUAGCUGAAAAAUGUGAUAUUGGUAGGGAGGAAAUGAGUACCGCCCACGUUAAAGCCGCAAUGGACGAGGGCAUUGAAGAAGAUAAAUAGAUGUAUUAAAAAAUUAAUAUACCCUUGUGCGCAAGUGCGCUCGGGUA